UAAAGCGGACAUCGAUUCCUCCUCCGAUGAGAGCGAUCAGGAGUGGGAGGACGUACUCAUAAAGACCGGAGAUGAAAAGCCGCAGUCGAAUGCAACCCAAGGUAGCGAGAAUACCACCAGAAAAGAGUCUCCAACAAAUGAGGGUGAGACCGAGCGCAUCAAAGCCCCCGGUGAAGACUCGCAAGAGGCAAGGUAAAGGCACUUCGGAAUCUUCGACUCCCGUCGCCCAAGCAUUUCUAAAUCUUUCUACGUCUGUCAACUCCUCGGUUCCUCAUGUUAACACCUUGCCGGUACCCUCGACCGCACAUCCUCCGGCACCUUCGAACGUUGUUGUUCCACUUCCUGCACCGCCGCGGGCAUUUAGUCCAAUUCCCUCUCAAUUUCAGGAGCAGUCGAUAUUUCCAGCUGCGAAGCAAACAGAGACGAAACCAGACACACAGACAGAGCCACGUCUUCAGAACGGCCCUUCAGGACCUUACUAUGUUGACCGGGCGGGCGUGAAGCACGAUGUCGGCGCAAUUGAGGGAGAUUUCUAUCAAGAGAGAUUCUGCACCAGUGAAGGGCAGGAGAUUAGUUUUGACAGAGAGGGUAGGGCGGUCGAUACGUCUACUGAUGAGCUUUAUCUGGGGUAAUUACUUUUGCGUUGGUUGAUAGCGGGAAAGAAAAACCAGGAAGCGUGGAGUGAGGCGUUCAAUUUUGGCUUUUCAGGUUGUUGUUUGUUUGUUUGGUUUUUGCGUAGGAAGGCUUGCG